AUGCGCGUCACGGUGCUGGACGACGGCAAUGAUGGCCGCCAUCUGCUCUUCCGAGACGUAGCUACAGCAACGAGCGUGCAGCUCUACAUGCCGGACGCGGCGGCCUUCUAUCGCUGGCAUAGUCACGUGUCCACAGCGUUGGCCAAAUUUCCUCCGGUAGAGGAAGAGGAAGAGAGCGCAAGACAAAGCGCAGCGGUGGUGCCUGCAGUUGCGUCGGCCAUGAAGAAAAAGCGCUUCUGGAAGGCGUUGGCUACGGUGGUGGUUGCAGGGACUAAAACCUCGAGCACUGGCCAAGUUUCGACCCAUGAAGAGAGCGCGAUGGUCAUGUUCGACGGUCGGAAUAGGAAAACCUUGGGCCAGCGCUGGAAGACCGUCACGGCAACGCUCAAGAGCGCGCUAAAGCGAAACAAACGACACCCACAGCUGCAGCUGCGAGAAGGAAGAGGAACCGUCGGAUGA